AUGGAUUUUCGCGUUUUGAUCAACUACUACCUUCGCAAAGGCUGGUACGACCAUGUACAACGCUUUUGUGAGCAGAUUCUUGAGCGAAACGGCAAUGACCCGGCUAUUUUGUUCUGGCGCGCUUUUGGCAUCGUCUUAGAGCGCAGCUAUUCGUCUGGCAUUCGAGAACUCGGGAAUUUGAAGCAAACAGGGCGAGGAGUGGAGCUGCCAUGUCUUUACGCAUUAAUCUACGCCCAUACACAAUGCAAACACGUUGACCAUGACGAAGUGGCACAAUUAGAGCUACAGUUAGUAAUAGUUGAGGAAAAUGCGUCCAUCGAGAGCUUGAUUUUGUGUGCCACUUUCUUUUGGCACUUGGGCGAGCGUGGUAAGGCUCGCAAAUUUCUCGACCGCGUUCUUAGAGCCGACCGUCCAAAUAGCAGUGAUAAUGCUCUCUGUCAGCGAGCUCUUAUUCUUCGAGGAUGGGUUGACCUUACUGUUGACCCCAUCUUUGAACGCGAGAGCGACUUGCGAGAUGGUUCUAUCCGGUACUUUGAUCUAGUCACAGACCGCAAGGAUGCGGAGCUUGUGCUGGGUAUAGCCAAGUACUAUGACCUGAAAAAAGCGUACCCCCGCGCUCUUGAACACAUUGACGAACUCAUUGUGGAAUUUCCAUGGUUUAAACAUUCAUUAUGUGAGAAAGCUUUGGUUCUGCUCAAAAUGGGCAACUGGGACCAAUGCAUGGACAGUGUUGAGCGAGCUCUGAGUGAAAAUCCGCAUGAUAUUGAGGCUUUGCGUAUCAUGAUUUUGCUCCUUUUAUCACGUGAAGGUCGUACCCGCGAAGGUGCAGAGCGUAUUCGCGAGUUGCUUGAUGCUCUAAAGCGAACUGAACCAGCAAAUCCCGACCUUUUUUUUGAAAUCUCGCGCUCCAUUGCCCACGUUUCCGAUAGAGAUGUGGAAGUAUUGCAGUGUAGCUUAGACCUGAUGGAGCAUGCUAUUCAAUUAAGACCCGAAAGUGGAGCAUUUCGUGCUGAGCGAGGGUAUCAGCGAGGAAUACUUUGCGACUUUGCGGAAGCUAUGGAAUCUUACAAAGAAGCCCUGAAGCUGGACGAGUCAAAUGAAAUGGCAUUACACGGAAUGAUCUACUGCCAGAUUAAGCUUGGACAGCUUGAGGAUGCCUCUCAACAGAUGGAGUUUCUUAGCUUAAUUCAGGAAUCUAUAGGGGCUAGCGCCAGCUUUACUUUCCUCCAAGCUUUACUUAGUUGGGAGAAAGACCGUGACCGAGUCAAACAGGUGAAUUACUUACGACAAUCCAUGAAAAUUCAUAUGGACAAGCUUAACACGACAAUUAAAGGACCUGACGUCUCUAGCCAUGAUAUGAUGGUUCUGCUCGACCCGAUCUUUCUUGUAGAGGUGGCAAUGGAAUUUUUCCGAGAUGAUAAACAAGAGAAAGGCAACUUGAAUGACAACUUGUCGGAUGCAGCUUCUGAGGGCAUCAAUAUUCUCGAAAAGGUUGUAAGCAAGUCACCUGGCUUUUUACGAACUCAGUUUGUGCUCUCUCAGGCUUACUUUGACGCUCAGCGGCUAGAUGAUGCCUAUCAAGUCUCUAGUAAGAUCUUGAAAAUGGAGCCUGGGCACUCCAAAGCACAUCUUAUGCAUGCUAGAGUGAGUCUCGAGCGAGGACAUUUUCGGGCAGCCUCAGCAUCGCUGGAUCGGGCUCUGAGCUACGACUUUUCAGUUCGCCAAUCGCUUUCAUAUUAUAUAAUCAGAGCGCGUAUUCUUGAACAUGCAGGCAAUGUGCGUGAUGCGCUCCAGACUCUACAGACGGCGAUGAAAAUGAUACAAAAUAAUGGGAGCUCGUCGAGUUUGAAUCGUCAACCGAAACACGUUGCAGAAAGCACCAGCACUAUAUCACCUUUUGAUAAGGCUUCUCUGUAUAUCAACAUGGCUCAAGUGCUCUCUCAGCUCAAUGAUCUCCCAGGAGCCACAAAGACUGUACGCGAGGCACUGGACGUCUUUCGUGGCACAGCACAAGAAGUACGCGUACUGGUUGCCAACAGUGAGCUUGCUGUCAAACGUGGCGACUACGAUGCAGCGAUUGGAAUGCUCAGCAGUGUCCCCAAGGACUCUCCAGCGUUUACAAAGGCACAAACGGUCAAGGCGGACAUUUUUCUUCAGUACCGCAAAGACAAGCAUCUAUAUGUACGCUGUUAUCAGGAGCUUGUAGCGCAAAAUCCUUGCCAAGCAACGCACAUAAGCUUGGCCGAGGCAUACUUGCACAUUCAGAUGCUAGAUGAAGCUGUGCAGUCUUUUGAGCGCGCUAAGGCUUUAAGUCCAAGUGACCCGACGAUUGCAGGCCGUAUUGGACGCGUACUUAUCUCCAAGCACGAUUACCUCAAAGCUGUAGACUACUACGAGUCAGCACUGAAAAUGGCACCAGAAAAUCUUGUGUUGCGUAAAGAUCUUGCAGAGCUGUACAUCAAACUUCGUCACUUCGAGCAAGCUUUAUUCGUCGUUCAGCAAGCAGCUACCAGCGAUUCCGAGGCUUUGAGCUAUCUUUUGCCAUUCGUCGAUCUGCAGCUAGUCUUGCCAAAAAUUUACUGUGGCCUAGGCAGUGAUGACAUGGCAGUCCAGGCGCUUAUGAGAGCUUAUGCCAUCCAAAAGAUAGUUUUGGACCGCCAAAAAGACGAACAACCUGAUGUGCUGAAUAAACAGCGAGCUGCUAUCGCGGAAACUUGCUUUCAGAUUGCUGCCAUAUAUUCCAACGCGUCAAGUAAUAGCGAAAGCAACAAUGUCAUUAAGUAUUGUACAUUGGCGCUACAGUCGGACGAAAGCCAUGAGGAUUCACUGUUGUAUAUGGCUCGCGCGUAUCAGCAAAUUGGUGACUUGGGCCAAUGUCAAAUGCGUUGUCUAACAUUGCUGCGACUUAAUCCGGCUCACGAAGAAGCUGCUCUCAUGCUUGCCGAUUUGUUACUACAGAAAGAGGACAAUGAGGCUGCCAUUUACCAUUUUCAGCAGCUUCUCGAUAGUCGUCCGAAUAAUUUCGCAGCACUUAGUCGGCUACUUGUCAUGCUUCGUCGAGCAGGAAAGCUGCACACGUCUUCGACUGACAAAGAACAGGGGAGAGUAGCACAGCGCUAUCUUAGCCUUGCUGAACGUAGUGCCAACGCUCAUGUCGCACAUGCUCCAGGACUUCAUUUUUGCAAAGGACUGUAUGCACGCUUUCGCAAUAAUGUGCUUGAAGCCAUCGACGAGUUUAAUCGCGCUCGUCGUGAUCCAGAAUGGGGCGAACGGGCGCUUAUAAAUAUGAUCGAGAUCUACCUCAAUCCUGACAAUGAAAGUCUUUGGGACUCUGGUCAUGAUGGCACUGAAGAUAACACCAAGGAACAGGCUGAUAACUUGCGGAUUGCCAACACGCUUCUCGACGAGCUGCCGAUUGCUCGAAGUGAACGCGAUGCCAAACUUCGCGUGCUUGAAGCCUAUGCUGUACUUGCCGGUCGAACCAAGAGCAUGCUGGAUAAAUCUAUUCAACUUUUUGUAGAGAUUCUCGAGACAGUCGACCGCGAUUACGUUCCUGCACUCCUUGGACUCGCGACAGGCUACAUGCUCACUAAACAGCAGCCGAAAGCACGGAAUCAGCUUAAACGUAUUGCCAAAAUGCCGUACGACCAAACGCUUGCUGAUGAGUUUGAACGCAGCUAUCUCUUGCUGGCAGAUAUUUACAUCAAUCGGGGCAAAUUUGACCUAGCGCAGGAAUUAUGCAAACGCUCACUUACGCACAAUAAGUCAUCUGGAAAGGCUUGGGAGUUGCUUGGACUCGUAAUGGAGAAAGAGCAAUCAUUUAUCGACGCAGCAGAGUGCUACCAGGAAGCUUGGACGUGCGAGGGUGAAGCAAGUGCUGCGAUCGGUUUCAAGCUUGCUUUUAACUACUUAAAGGCCAAGAAGCUUGUUCUUGCUGUAAAUAUUUGCAACAAGGUACUUGAUCAGUACCCAGACUAUCCCAAAAUUCGAAAGGACAUCUUGGAAAAGGCUUAUGCUGGAUUCCGACCGUAA